UUCAUGAAAGCCUCUUCGGGUACUGCAGCUCUCCUCGUGAGAACAUCUCAAAGAAAAAACACUCAAAUUCUCUACAUCAGCUUUCUCACAGGGUUAGAACCGAUUCAAAGAUGCCUCUCGAGUUCGAACUUUGUCCAGGAAGAAAGAUCGGGGGCUCAAACCCCUGUUUCAUCAUCGCAGAGAUCGGACAGAAUCAUCAAGGAGACGUUGAGAUUGCCAAGAAAAUGAUUCGCAUGGCUAAGAGCUGUGGUGCAGACUGUGUGAAAUUCCAGAAGACGGAACUCGAGCACAGGUUCACCAAGCGCGCGCUCGCGCGUCCCUACACCUCUCAGCACUCGUGGGGAAGCACAUACGGGGAUCACAAGCGCCACCUGGAGUUCAGUCAUGAGCAGUACAGGGAGCUGCAGCGCUUCGCGCAGGAAGUGGGAAUCUUCUUCACGGCCUCCGGGAUGGAUGAGAUGGCUGUAGAGUUUCUGCAUGAACUCAAUGUCCCUUUCUUCAAAGUGGCUUCAGCAGACACCAGCAACAUCCCCUACCUGGAGAAAACUGCCAAGAAAGGUCGUCCCAUGGUGAUCUCCACCGGGAUGCAGUCGAUGGAGAUCAUGCACCGUGUUUAUCAGACAGUGAAGAAGCACAACUCAAUGUUCACCUUCCUGCAGUGCACCAGCACAUACCCACUCUCCAUGGACAACGUCAACCUGCGCGUCAUCACUGAAUACCAGAAGGAAUUCCCGGAUAUUCCAAUUGGCUACUCUGGACACGAGUCAGGCAUCAGUGUGUCCGUGGCUGCUGUAGCUCUCGGGGCGAAGGUCCUGGAACGGCAUGUGACCUUGGACAAAAGCUGGAAGGGCAGUGACCAUGCAGCAUCACUGGAGCCGGCUGAGCUGGAGGCACUGGUACGAGAGAUUCGGAUAGUGGAGAUGGCUAUGGGAUCUCCAGUGAAGCAGAUGCUGCCCUGUGAAGCCUCCUUCCGCAAAAAGCUGGGAAAGUCGGUGGUGGCAAAGAAGGCAAUGAAGAAAGGCACAGAAUUAACCCAAGACAUGCUGGGAGUGAAAGUGGCAGAACCGGAGGGCAUUGCACCGGAAAACAUCUGGAUGGUGGUGGGCAAGAAGAUCACAGUCGAUGUGGAGGAAGACGACACCAUCACAAACGACAUGAUUCAAGACUGAUGGUUUCAUUUGAAUGUGUGGGGUGUUUUCCUAUUCUCUGUAUGAACUGGGGUGUUUUAUUUCAUAUAUUUGUACGAUGGAAAACUGUGGAAUUUAAAAUCAAUUUUAUUGUUAAAUAUCUGGAGCAUGUUUCAGGGUUUAUAAGGGAAAGUGUGUGUGUGAGGAUACUUUGGGAAGAUCAAGAUCUUUUUUUUUUUUUUACUUUGUUGGCAAAUAAGGUUUCAGAUCCUGAUUAUUCUUUAGGGGUGGGUUAAGUUACAAGUGGAAAAUUCACUUUAUAACUUAAACACAGCGCAGUGUUCGUGUUGUUUUCAGUGAGAACUGAACAGGUUUUAAUAUACUGAAAAUAUGUUGCAUAAUACAAGUCAUUUAUACUUAUUUUUAAUUAUCAAACCAAAUAAACAAUCUCAUUCAUCUCAUCUCAUUAUCUCUAGCCGCUUUAUCCUGUUCUACAGGGUCGCAGGCAAGCUGGAGCCUAUCCCAGCUGACUACGGGCGAAAGGCGGGGUUCACCCUGGACAAGUCGCCAAGUCAUCACAGGGCUGACACAUAGACACAGACAACCAUUCACACUCACAUUCACACAGUGGUGGCUGGUAGUCUUUCAAACAGGGGAGGCUGGUCGGUUACGAUAUUUCCAGAUUUUAAAAGAAAAAACACAUCAAUUUUGCCCAUACUCUUGCCUCUGAUCUGGCUGAUUGUUGGCAGCGUCACAAACUGUGAAAUAACAGGUUCUUUUAGCCCAUUAGCCUACUGUCCAAUAUACAUGAUGGUGGUGUUGGGGGGGAGGGGUAUAUUUUAACAUUUUAUAUUUUAAAAUUGUGGCAUGUUGUUUAAAAAUUGAUCAUUAUUGAAAGCAGCUCUUUGUCAGGAACCUCAGCAGUAACAGCAGAGUGUUCUGGAAUAGGCACAAGCACUGACCUUGGGGAGCCAAACAUAGAGCUGGGGGCCACACAUUUCAUUCAAUGACACUUUCCCUAUAUUUUACUUAUUUUGACUGAGAAAUGUUUUAUUGACAAUUUUGAUAACCCUUCACUUUUAAUCCAGGUCUGUAGUGUGAAAUGUUCUCGGCUGUUUUUGUUUAAAAAUGUUUUCCAAAUUGUAGCUGUGUUUAAUUCAUAUCCAGAGAAAUAUAUAUUCCAAUAUAAUAUACUCAGCAUAAACAUUUUAAAUAGAUUCUAUAUUUUUGGUCCAUCCAUGACACAUUACUAAAGUAGCCUAUUUACUGUUGUUGAUGUAGGUCACUUGCUGUUAGCCAAUUCACUUUCUCGUACCAGGAGAGCUGAAAGGAACGAGUAUUAUUCCCUACCUUUUUCACCAAGUCAAUUUGAGGCGUUGGCCUACCCUGCUCUUUAAUUUUAAUUUUUUCCUCGAAAGGAAGACUGGCAAAUGGCUUCGCCAAAAUUAAAUCAGCAAUGCUUGGCCUCCAUGCACAGCUUUCUUGCUAGCUGACUAGCCCCCUCAAGUUCAAGUUCAGUCACUCAAAUAAACAAAAUUUCUGGAACUAAGAUAGCAAACUUGACAACACUAUAUUUACACUUUAUUUACAAUGAAAAUAUAUACAAACUAAGAAAGCUGGUAGAAACUGUAUGUAAUGAAUGAAAUCAAAAUGUAAGCCGAUCUCUUACAAUACACCACAGCACUUGCGAAUCCGCAUGGGACUGAACUGAAAUUCACCGCUGCCUGUCUAUAUUUAAAACGAGCUGUCAAUCAAAGAAAAUAUCCGGCCGCUUUCACCAAUCACCAGUCUCCUCGCGGAAAGCUUUGCCAUGUCCCUCCCACUGUGAGGCUGGGAGUCCGGUGGGUGGGCGUUUUCGCAGUAUUUGUCCAAUAACCGUCUUGCAUUUUGAGAUUGAAAGCGCAGAGCUCCCAAAUGCCAUUGAAGUGCACUGAGGCUGGGCUGCAUCGCGCUGUCACGAGGGGGAAAAACUCACGCACACAUUAGGUGAACUGGGGAAAGUUAUAACGGAAUGAUUUCGCACUGUAGUGGGUUGAGCACAUAUAUUUCUAUGAUUCUGGAUCUGAAAUAGCAAUGUUAUAAGGUCGGCCUACAUAAGCCUAGCGCAAUUCAUCCUACACGAUGUUCAUCAUUUUUAGAGGAGGCUGAGCCUCCCUCGUUGUCUUAGAGCAAUCGCCCGUGCAUUCACACCUACGCUCAAUUUAGAGUCACCAGUUAACCUAACCUGCAUGUCGUUGGACUGUGGGGGAAACCGAAGCACCCGGAGGAAACCCACAUGGACUUGGGGAGAACAUGCAAACUCCGCACAGAAAGGCCCUCGCCGGCCACGGGGCUCGAACCCGGACCUUCUUACUGUGAGGCGACAGCACUAACCACUACACCACCAUGUCGCCCCCAAAUAAACAAUCCUCAGUUUAAAAAAAAGUAUCUUCUUUCAUGAAAACAGGCAAAACAGAAUGUACAGUGCUGUGCAUAAGUAUUCACCCCUUGAACAUUUCCACAUUUUGUAGUUUUAGAAUCUGAAACCCUGCAAUGGAUUUAAUUUGGAUUGAAUGUCAUUAAUCUACAUCAAAUAUCCAAUAAUACUGAAAUCAGCAGAAAUCACAUCUAUAUAUUUAGCAAAAUUAUUUCCACACACACACAUGCCAGAAAAGUCUGCCCCAGUUAACAUGGCUGUAGUGUCGACUGUGCAGUGUAGGUUCACCUCUCACACAUAUCCAGGUGAAAUAAGGUGAAUAAAGGUUUGUGUUUCAUUCA